CAGAGACUCUUCAAAGACUCUUCAAGACAAACUAAAAUCGAAAGAAAACGCCUCGAAAGACCAUUUUUUAGCUUCUGAUCGGCUAGAGCUAUCGAUCCUUUGAGUGAACAGGUGUGGAGGUGGAAAUUACGAGGAGGAUCUCGUGUGAAAUCUCGGAAAGGGACUGGAGUCUGAGUUUGGGGAACGGAGCAAGCAGUUGGUGAGGUUUCGCAAGGAUCUGACAAGAAGAGAUAGUGAUGAAGCUGGAAAAGAGCGCGGCAGAUCGGAUGGAUCUUCGUGGAAGAUUGAUCAGUCAGUCUGAUAAAACGGAGGAGGAAUCGUUGUGAAAGGAGCCUAAGAGUGCCGGGAAUCAAAAACGUGUCAAGAUCGAGCAUCAAGCGAAGGAGCAAGAUGGAGUAGCGGAGGACGGCGUUGAAUUGGUCGGAAGAGUUUUUCGACCGACACAGGCAGAGAAAGGGACGAUAUGGAGAAAUACGGCGUCGAGUUCCCGAGGCACGAGUGGAGCCACCGCCUCAGCCUUCGUGCAAGUCGAAGAAGUCACCAGGGCGAGGUGGCUACCAGAUCUGUAACCGGGUCCGUGAGAAGCACGCGAAGAUGGGCCAGCUUGCGACAGCACGUAAGCAACAGCGAAGGUGGCAAGCCGAAGGUGGAGCUGUUGCUCGAUCCCCCGGGAUCCAAGUCCUCGACACCAUCUUCUCAACCGCAUACACCCAACACUCCUCGAACUCCUCAUACACCGCUGAGGAAAUCCAACUGGGAAGUGAUCGAGCACUUCACUGGCGCGCCACGUCCCUCCAUCGUCACGAUGAGCAGGGGAUCAGAGGUGGGAGUUGGGCUUAGAACCGGGAAAGAGCCGACACAGGAGGCGAGCGUUAACGCGACGAUAACUCAGCCAGCGAGGAAAUGUGCGCUCUGCCGUUUUUUGAAGUCGCUGUGCGCCUCUCACCGCUUCAAAAACUUGCAGGUUGAAAUGCUGUAUCAACGCUACUUUCUCAGGAUGAACCAAAGCAACAUGACACACGUUCUCGGCUUACUAGCGGGGCUGGCGUUUGCCCUGGGUAUGCUUCUGAUGCUGAGACUCGUCGUGGAAGACAGCCAACAAUUCCUUGCCACUUUAGAGAGGCCAGAAAACCUGUCGCUAGCAGUGACGCUGGUCGUCUGCGUCGCAAUUUAUGCUGCCUUGGUAGCGGCGAUAUCCAGGCCUGGGAUGAACGAAAUCUGGUUAGCCGGCGUGAGUGGAAUAGUCCUGGUGACUCUACUCGCGUUGCAAGUGGUUUUGAAUGUACAUCUGGCGCUCGGAUCAAAGGAACAUCGGAGCGGAGGCCCUUUGGCUGCAGUGUGGGCUGUGUGCUUCUUCAUUUACAUGGCGUACGCACUUCUGCCCAUAAGGCUGCGACACGCGUGCAUCGCUGGUUUCAUUUUCUCGCUGGCGCAUCUGAUCGGAGCGUUCGUCCUCUACCCUUCGCAAUAUCCUGCCAUGAUGGAACACCUGUUAAGCUCUAUCGUGGUAGUGGGUGGGACAAAUAUGGCAGGCGUUCUGACGCAUCAUCCCCGCGAACUGGCACAGAGGCAAGCCUUCCUGGAAACCAGGCAAUGCGUCGAAGCUCGAUUGACUACACAGAGAGAAAAUCAGCAACAGGAACGGCUUCUAUUGAGCGUGUUGCCACGCCACGUAGCCAUGGAGAUGAAGGCAGACAUCGCAGGGAAGCCGAAAGAUACCAUGUUUCACAAAAUUUACAUUCAAAGGCACGAGAACGUCAGCAUUCUGUUCGCCGAUAUCUGCGGGUUUACUUCGUUGUCGGAUCAGUGCACUGCCGAGGAAGUCGUCAGGCUGUUGAAUAAACUGUUUGCCUGCUUCGACACGCUGGCGGCUGAGCACCAUUGUCUUCGAAUCAAACUACUCGGCGACUGCUAUUACUGUGUCUCUGGACUUCCGGAACCGAGACCAGAUCACGCUCGUUGUUGCGUGGAAAUGGGUUUGGACAUGAUUAGCGCCAUUACUUUAUAUCGAGAGGUUGGUGCGGUGAACGUGAACAUGAGAGUGGGGAUACACACAGGCAGAGUUCAUUGCGGGGUCCUUGGCUUGAGGAAGUGGCAGUUCGACGUCUGGAGCAACGACGUCACCCUGGCCAACUACAUGGAAAGCGGCGGAAUACCGGGACGAGUGCACAUCACGAAAGAAACACUGGACUGUCUUGAUGGCGUUUACGAAGUGGAAGAGGGUCAUGGGGGUGAGAGAAACGCGUAUCUGAAGGAGCACGAUAUCAAAACCUACCUAAUUGUCCCCGGAGACACGUAUAAGGGUAACUUACCCUCGUCCGGGCUGAGGAAAGGUUUGCCAGCGAAUGGCAACGUGUCGAAAGAGAUGAGAGUGAUGGGACACGGUUCGCAACACGGCAAACAGAACAAAUUAGGGUUUGGCGAGACGACCGAGGCGAAAAAGGACCCGGAGGACGAGGUGAACGAGUACCUGAUGAGGGCAAUCGACGCCAGGAGCAUAGAUCGAUUAAGAGCGGAGUAUUGUACGCCCUUUGUCCUAACUUUUCGUCUGCCCGACGUCGAAGGGAAGUAUUCGCGCGAAAGGGACAGAAUGCUCUCGGCAUAUUUCGUGUGCUCCGGCUUCGUCUACAUGGUCGUCGUGAUUGCUAUAGCGAUCACUCUACGAGGGAGCGGAUACUUUUACACUUGUGUGACAGUGAGCACGUUGAUCAUCGCCACGAUCAAUGGGAUACUACUGGCAGAGAAGAACGAGAGAGUGCCACGGUGUCUGCGAGAUUUUGCGGUGCACGUGUUCGAGAAUCGUGGAGUCGCUCAGGUGUUAGCUACGUGUGUCGUGUUCCUCACUUUCGCCACAGCUUUAUCACCGUUGGUAACGCUGGAAGAUGGUCACGUGUGUGGGAACGUGACGUCUUCAUUGACCGAGUGGCCAGAUAAUUCAAGCGUAACGUUCCAGAGUAUCGACACGCCCGUCGAUGUUUGCUAUUACACUGUCUUUGCUGACCUUUUCCCGGUACUAGUGAUGCUAGUUAUGAUAACCUGCGCUGUCUAUCAGAUUUUAACAUCGGUGUUCAAAGUAGCUAUACUAAGCCUAGUAGUCGCUUGCUAUUUAUCCAUCAGCAUCUACGAAGCCAUACACGAAAGAGAUGUAGAAUUGACUGGAAGAUGGUUAGCAGGUGUUCUGGUGAUUUUCUUUAUGACGUGUCUCAUUGCUCAUUCCCAACACACAGAAGCUACUUACAGGUUGGACUUCUUAUGGAAGUUGCAAGCAACCGAGGAGAAAGAAGAAAUGGAGCACCUGAAAGCCUACAACCAAAAGCUGCUGGCCAACAUACUUCCGGAACACGUGGCUGCCCACUUCUUAUCUACGGUUAAUUCAGACGAAUUGUACCACGAGCAGUGCGACUUCGUUUGCAUAAUGUUCGCCUCGAUACCUAACUUUUCCGAGUUUUACGUGGAGCUCGAGGCGAAUAACGAGGGCGUCGAGUGUCUCAGGCUGUUGAACGAGAUCAUCGCCGAUUUCGACGAGCUUCUAGCUGAAGAGCCGUACAAAUACAUCGAGAAGAUCAAGAGCACUGGUGCCACGUACAUGGCUGCAUCCGGAUUAACGAAGAACACCUGCGACAUGAAAGAUUACAAACACGUAACCGCGAUGGCAGACUACGCGCUCAGGAUACGCGAACAGCUGGCGUCUGUUAACGAACACAGCUUUAACAACUUCCGGUUGCGUGUGGGCAUCAAUAUUGGACCGGUCGUCGCCGGGGUGAUAGGCGCCCGAAAGCCGCAGUACGAUAUUUGGGGUAACGCGGUAAAUGUGGCCUCGAGGAUGGAGUCUACAGGCGUGUUGGAUGGGAUUCAGGUCACCCAGGAAGUUCGCGACAUCCUAAUCGCCAAAGGAUAUCCGCUCACCUGUCGUGGUACCAUUCAGGUGAAAGGCAAGGGUAGCAUGGUCACUUAUUUCCUGGAUGGUCCUCGUGAGCCAAUCAAGGCCAGCAAUAUCUACAGCAAUAGCAACGAGGAGAAAAUCAGCUCUGUGACGAAUGGUAAUUUCGAUGGACCUGUCUCGCCUACCGUCGACGUCUGAACCAUCUUUUUAUCUCGUACGGUCCAUAGGGACCGAGAGAGAAUUUCUGCAACGAGAACAACAUUUUUCUGUAGGGGAAAAAAUAUUCCUAUUUUCCGGAUGUGCGAAGAAUUUUCGAACGGCGACAAAUGACGGUAAAUGAGAAAAGUAUACGCUGUCUUUUGGGUGACGUAAUCAGCUUCUGGAUUCAGCUUUGUAAUAUCUUUGCUGAAGCAAAAGAAAAAAAAA